CCCAGCUCCAGUCGGUAGUUUCCGCACCGAAUUUGAGCUCUGCUCCUGAGUACAAAAAGCCCUUCUUUGCUCUUUUGCCUGAAGCCAUCCAAUCAUCCAUUAACAAAAGAUUCUGCCUUACCCAAAAGUUGAUGAACAUCCAUCUUCUUCCCAUUCCAAAUCCUUCGAUUCCUUUCACACCCAAAUACUCCAACACACCCAAGCAACCCUCUGCAACUCCCCGUUCCUCUUCACCAGGAAAAGCCGCUGCACCCAUUCAAGAAAUGAGCUAGCCGGCAACCCCACAGACGACCGGCCGACCGAGCUCUGGCCACCGAACACUGAACAAACAGGUAUAACAACGAUUCAUCCCCGCUACCACAUAAACCACCGUCCAUCCCUUCCAGUCCGGAGCCUGAAAUUCACCUGUAAUUUUUCAGUAGCAACUCCGAACUGAAAUCUGCCUCCCAAUUCCCACCCUCAAAUCAUACUGUCAGCGAUGAACUGUAGCUGGCCGCAUUUUCAGCUCCAUACUAUCCAACCUUUUACGUUUGGAUGCAACCCCCACGCUCUUAGCUCACUUGAUGCUCUUAAGGGAAGUAGCAGCAGUAUACUGAUAGUGAGAUUGCCAAGGCGAUCAAGGAACUUGCUUCAACUCCAAGGCAUAAGAUGUGGCGACCCCCAUCCACAAAAUGCAGAUUUUCCACGUUACUAUUCAAGAAAGGAGAGGAAGCCGUUUCCUGUACCAAUUGUAGAAUUAAGGAGAGCUGCCAGGGAGAGACAGAAGAACAGGUUAACCCAACCAAGGGGACAUUUGCCUCCACCAAAAGUUGGGUUGGUCAUUAAAGGACUGAUUCCACUUGCAUAUAGAGUGAUGAAUGCACGAAUAACAUUGAUAAAUAAUCUCAAGCGGCUCUUGAAGGUGGUGCCUGUUCAUGCUUGCAAGUGGUGUAAUGAGAUUCACGUCGGACCCGUUGGGCAUCCUUUCAAGUCGUGUAGGGGCCCAGACGUUUCGAUCCGCAAAGGACUUCACGAGUGGGGAGAGGCAUUUGUUGAAGAUGUCAUGGUACAACUUGAAUCUUACCACCUCUAUGACCGUUUGGGGAAACGGAUUUGUCAUGAGGAGAGGUUUUCAAUCCCUCGAAUCCCAGCAGUGGUUGAGCUCUGCAUCCAAGCCGGGGUCGAUUUACCGGAGUACCCCACCAAACGAAGGAGAAAACCAAUAAUCCGCAUCGGAAAGAGAGAGUUUAUCGACGCAGAUGAAACAGAUUUACCAGACCCUAUACCGGAACCUUCAAAGCCAUUGAUAUUCAAUGAGGUUUCUGAUGCCGAUGUAUCACCUCCGUCUGGGAAGGAUGAGACAAUUCUUUUGGCUGAAGAAACGGUCCGAGCGUGGGAAACCAUGAGAGGAGGAGCGAGGAGGUUAAUGAAGAUGUAUCCAGUGAGAGUUUGCGGUUACUGUCCAGAGGUACAUGUUGGGCAUAGCGGACACAAAGCGCAGAAUUGUGGGGCACAUAAGCACCAGCAACGCAAUGGGCAGCAUGGAUGGCAGGCUGCCGUACUGGACGACUUGAUCCCUCCUAGGUAUGUUUGGCACGUCCCUGAUCUGAAUGAGGAAAUGAAGAGGGAACUGAGGAGUUUCUAUGGUCAAGCUCCGGCAGUGGUGGAGAUUUGUGUACAGGCAGGUGGGGCCGUGCCUGAACGGUACAAGUCAACAAUGAGGUUGGAUGUGGGGAUCCCUAAUGAUGUUGCAGAGGCUGAAAUGGUUGUUUGAACAACUUCGUCAUGUGUUAUAUUGUGUUUGUGCUCUCUUUUUGUAGACAUAAGUAGUCAGGUGUAAAGAAAAAAUACUCGUCUCAAUUGUAAAAAAAUCAUGGAAAACUGAAAUUGAAAGCUCCCGAGAGUUGAAGACUAAUGUUAAUGGAUUAGUUAUUUUUGGAAAUUACAUUUCUGGCUCUUGGAGGUUGUAUGAAGUGCCAAGCAGCUAAAGGGUGAUAUUGGCUGUUAAUGGAUUAGUUAUUUUUGGACAUCACAUUUCUGGCUCUUGGAGGUUGUAUGAAGUGCCAAGCAGCUAAAAGGUGAUAUUGGCACCACUCUGGCAAAUAUCCACCAUUUUAGCCAAAUCGACCAUUGUACCAAUAUUGGUAGUGCAUUAUAAAGUAAUAUGAUAGAGUUAAUUUUAUAGUGAUAGGAACCAUGUAGUUUAGAAACCCUGAAACCCUAUGGUCUCCAGCCUAAUAAAUAUAGAUUCAGUGUGGAUGGAUGGUUUUUGGAUGGUGUAGGUUUUCAAGGGUUUUGCAUAUUUCCUUGAUUAAUACAAUGUCUAUGAUGUGGAAUAGAAUGAUUGUAUUGUAUUGCUUUAUCAACAUUCAACAUACAUGUUAUUCUUUAAUUUGUUC